AUGUCUGCUGCCACUGCAUUUAGACGCAAUUUUUCCCACUCCUCUGCCGCGCUCGCGUCCAAGACAUUGAAGAUUGGUCUUAUUCCGGGCGAUGGUAUUGGAAGAGAGGUGAUUCCAGCCGGUAAAGCUGUGCUUGAGAACCUUCCUUCAAAGUUCGAAUUAAAGUUUGAUUUCGUCAAUUUGGAAGCUGGAUUCGAGCUUUUCAAGAAGACUGGAACGGCAUUGCCCGACAGAACCGUUGAGGUUUUACAGAAGGAAUGUGAUGGUGCUUUGUUUGGUGCUGUUUCUUCACCUUCCGUCAAGGUCGAAGGUUACUCUUCUCCAAUUGUUGCUUUGAGAAAGAAGAUGGGAUUGUAUGCCAAUGUUCGUCCUGUCAAGUCCGUGGAGGGCAUUGACAGACCAGUUGAUAUGGUUAUUGUCAGAGAAAAUACCGAAGAUUUGUAUGUCAAGGAAGAGAAGACAUACAAGAAAGAAGACGGUUUCCAAGGUAGCUGA